AUGAGACCGGCUUUCCUAUUGGCGACAGUCGUUGCGGUGGCUUUCGCUCGGCAUGUCGACUUACCGGCACCGUAUUCUGAUUUCUGUAUUCUCAAGAACAACACCAAUCUCUACGAUCCUCAAAAGCAGUUUGACAUCCCUUGGUACAACAUCAACCUCGAUUUACCGCCGAAGCAACGCUGGACCGAGAUAUCAAAGGCUUACAGUGCACAGAUAGAGGAUCUUAUUUCAGUGCUUAUCGAUCUUAUCGAGCCCCUCAUUCCGAAUGCUAUCGAAUGGGUCGAUCUGCUGUUCGGAGAUCUCGAAGAACGACUUCCGCAACCGUAUAAGGAUGAAAUUCCAAGUAGUUCUGUGACUUCAGGAGGAAAAAAUGAAAUAUGCUUUCUUCCACUGCAAUUUCAGUCAAUCGCCGAAGAUACAGGCAUACCAGUUGGUCAGAUUGUCAUCUAUAAUAUUUUCUAUGAGAUUUUCACUGUGUGCACAUCCAUCAUUGCUCAAGAUCCGAAUGGCCAUAUUAUUCAUGCAAGGAACCUCGACUUCGGCCUAUUCCUUGGGUGGAAUCCCGACACUCAUGAAUGGGAAAUCUCGAGUGCGCUAAGGAAGAUGAUCAUUAAUGUCAACUGGAUCAAAGACGGUAAAAUACUCUACAAAUCAAACAACUUUGCUGGAUACGUGGGCAUCUACAAUGGAAUGAAGAAAGGCGCGUUCUCAAUCACGGCUAAUGAACGGUUUCAGACAGCUGGAGGUAUGACCAUAUUUUUAUUUUUGUUGUGA